CUCCUUCUCUCUCUCUUUAAAAAAAACAAACAUUCACGAGAUCUCUCUCAAAAAAAUCUCUCCUUGCACCAUUUUAUUAAUCACUUCAAUUCAAUUCUUUUGUAUAUUCAACACAAAUAACAAAACAUUGUUUGCAUUAUUAAUUGACAGUUGCAGAUGAUUUGAGUAGCAAAUGGGGAAAAAGACAAGUUGGUUAUCAGCAGUCAAGAAAGCUUUAAGCCCAUCUGAAUCUAAGGAUAAUAAAGACAAGAAAUCUAACAAAAAAAGUUCAAAGAAAUAUUGGUUUGGAAAGCAAAGGAGUAGUUUGGAUAAAGAGUUAUCACAAAAAGAAACUAUAUUAGUGAACACUAUUGUCCCUAUCUCUCCUCCUACAACAGAGGAAUCAAAACUCACUAAAGCCGAGAAUGAACAGAGCAAACACGCGUAUUCGGUUGCCUAUGCAACCGCUGUGGCAGCAGAAGCAGCCGUGGCAGCCGCUCACGCCGCUGCUGAGGUUGUUCGACUCACAUCCACUGCCCGUUUCUUAGGCAAAUCAACCGAAGAAAUUGCAGCCAUCAAGAUACAAACUUCCUAUCGCGGCCAUUUGGCAAGGAGGGCAUUGCGUGCUGUGAGAGGGCUAGGGAGGCUGAAGUCAUUGAUUCAAGGCCAAUCUGUCAAACGGCAAGCAACUUCUACAUUAAAGUGUAUGCAAACGUUGGCUCGUGUACAGUCUCAAGUGCGUUCAAGGCGCAUUCGUAUGUCUGAGGAGAAUCGAGCUCUCCAAGUACAACUCCUUAUGAAGCACGAGAAAGACUUCAACAAUAGAUCCUCUAUAGAAAAUUCAUGGGAUGACAGUAAAAAAUCAAAAGAAGAAACUGAAGCAAGCUUACAAAGCAAACAAGAGGCUGCAAUACGGCGAGAACGAGCAUUGGCAUAUGCACAUACUCAUCAGCAGCACAUGUGGAAGAACUCUACAAAGUCUUUGAAUCCGACAUUCCUGGACCCUAACAAUCCGCAUUGGGGAUGGAGUUGGCUAGAGCGUUGGAUGGCCGCCAGGCCAUGGGAAGCACAAACCAUAUCCGAAAAAGAUUCACCGGCUGGAGACACGGGUAAAAGGGCUAGCCGACCUCCUAGCCGUCAAUCACCCUCUACACCCCCAACCAGGGCUCCAUCAAAUAACAGUUCAAGGGUUAGGCCCGAAAGCCAAAAGGGAAGCGUGGAUGACGACUCUAGGAGCUACUACAGCCUGCAAUCUGACCGCAAUAGGAGGCAUAGCCGGGCUAGUUCAGUGCGUGAUGACGAGAGCUUUGAUUCUUCACCCGCGGUUCCUAGCUACAUGGCUUCAACAUUGUCCACUAAGGCUAGAUCUCGAUUGGCUAGCCCUUGCCAUAGUCCAAGCCCAUUAGGGUCAGGAAGAAAAGGCGCCUCGGAAAAAGGCACAGUGCCUGGGUCAGCCAAGAAGCGGCUUUCCUUUACGGGCUCACCGGCCCGAACCACAAAGAGGAUCCUUGAACCAUCGAUGCAAUGAUGUGAUGGUUUUAAACUCAUAAAGAAUUGUUUGUGUUGUUAAAUUCUUAUGUUUGAAUGAUUGUUUUAUUCAAUUUUAACCAUUUUAUUGUUUUUGUUAGUUAUGUGUUGUAUGUAUUUAGAGAAAUUUGUUACUUUUUUUUGGUCAUGUACAAGUUUUUUGAUGUAUGAGUUUGGGACACAUGGAUUGUUU